CAAAAUUGUGACAUAACCUGAAAAUUUCCACUUGACACGUCAAGUCGGAUUGUUAUUUAUUAGAAGAAAAUGAAAUUUUAAAAGGAAUUACUGAAAUGGUCAGAUUGAUUCUUUUGAAUUACAAAUAUGUUAAUAAAUAUAUUUUUGCCAAAAACUGUAACAGCAAAUGUUAAACGACAUUAACGGUUAAAAUUUGUAAAAAAUUUUAGGAUUCAUUCAUUGUUUUAGAAUAAUGAGGUUGAAAAGGACAAAUAUAAUAUUGGCAUUAUGUUUAGUUAUAUGGGCAUCACUUCUAUAUUAUUCCUUUUCAACUAUUCAAAUGAGUACAAAUGAUAAGAAUGAUGAAGUUGAAAAAAAUCUAAACCACUUGGAAGCGGGUCUUUCUGAGCAGUUUCACAUGAAUAAUGAUAUGAUACGUAAUGCUCACAAAUUUUUAUUGCACAAAAAAAAAGGAGUAGAUACGAAUGUCAUUGAUGUAGAGUGGAAAAUUCCUAUAUUAGUGUUUGCAUGUAAUAGAAUAAGCAUCACAAAAUGUUUGGACAAGCUUAUCUUAUAUAGGCCAAAUCCAGACAAAUUUCCAAUUAUUGUUAGCCAAGACUGCAACCACCAAGAAACUACCAAUAUUAUUAGAAAAUAUGAACAAGUGACUUUAAUCCAACAACCAGAUCAGAGUGAUAUUCAGGUUCCUCCAAAAGAAAAAAAAUUCAAAGGGUAUUUCAAAAUAGCUCGGCAUUAUGGAUGGGCGUUGAACCAAAUGUUCUUCAAUUAUAAUUAUAGCAGUAUAAUUAUUGUAGAAGAUGAUCUUGAAGUAGCUCCAGAUUUUUAUGAAUAUUUCUUGGGAACAUAUCCUAUACUGAAGAAGGACCCAUCUUUGUGGUGUAUUUCUGCUUGGAAUGACAAUGGAAAAGAGAAUUUAGUGAACUUGAAGAGAAAAGACCUUUUAUAUAGAACAGAUUUUUUUCCUGGUCUUGGUUGGAUGUUGACAAAAAGUUUGUGGUUGGAACUUUAUUCUAAAUGGCCAAGAGCGUAUUGGGACGAUUGGAUAAGAGACCCAGCACAAAGGAAAGGAAGAGCUUGUAUAAGACCAGAAAUUUCAAGGACAAGGACAUUUGGUAAAAUAGGAAUUUCAAAUGGUCUCUUCUAUGAAAAACACUUGAAAUAUAUAAAACUGAAUGAGGACUUUGUGCCUUUUACUAAAAUGAAUCUUACCUAUUUGUUGAAAGAUAAUUAUGAUGAAGAUUUUAUAAAUGCCGUAUACCAAAGUGCAAUAGUUACUUAUGAAGAUUUGAGAGAGGGGAAAAUAUUAUCUGAAGGCCCUGUGAGAGUAAUUUAUAGGACAAAAGAGGAAUUUAAACGUAGGUCAAAAAUGUUAGGAUUAAUGGAUGAUUUUAAGAGUGGAGUACCCCGCACUGCUUAUAAAGGUAUUGUAACUUUCCACUAUAAGGGUACCAUGGUUCAUUUGGCACCUAAUUUAAAUUGGAAAGGUUAUGAUCCUAGCUGGAGCUAACCUCAAGUCUAUCUGUCUCUGUUAUUAUUUUUUUAAUUUGAUUUUUUCAGCAGAUAUAUUGAUAAUUACACUUGUGGUACCUCUGCAAUUUCAGAUUUUGAGAAUAAAUACUAUUGUAUUCCAGUAUAUCAUAACAAGAUUUAUUUUCUGUUGAGGAGAAUUUAUCAAGCUAGUGGAUCGGUACCAAUUCAAUAGAUAAUUGCAAUGGUUAAAAUUAAUUAUUCCACUAGACCAUUGUUGAAUGCUCCCUUUUCUUACUGACUAUGGGAGAAAAGAAUUUAUAUAUACAUCUCCAGGUUAGUAUUUUCUAAGCCUUAUACUAUAUAUGACAUUUCAAAUCAGUUAUUAAACUAUCUGUGAGAUGUAAAUAAUCAAUUUCUCCCAUUGGUUGGAUUAUUUGAAAUUUCAUUGAAUUCAAAUAACUUUUUAAUUGUAUAAGGAUGAGUUCUUGAGAUUUGUUGAUAAAUAAAUUAAUAUAGAUAUAAUAUAUGCCAAAGCAAUUAUAAGAAAAUUUAAUUUUAUAUCCUUAGUGUAUUCUGAAAAUGAAAGUUAAGACUUUUACAAUUAUUUAUUUAAUACCUAUUGAGAGCAAAUGUUAUUUCAUUUAUUUGAACUCAUAUUUGCAAGUUUCUUUUUGAAUAUUAAUUACUUUUAUUCCUAUUUUCAAUGACAUGGUAAUUUUUAUACCUACUUUCAAAUGACAUUGUUCAUAAUCUAUACAAGCGAAAAUAUCAUUUCCAAUAAUACAUGAAAUGGCAAUAGUGAAUGUUUUACAUUAUACUGCUCUCUCAUAUAUUUUUUUUGUUAUUUGUGAAGGAAACAUAAGUUUGCAGAGUAUUCUCAAAUGAUGUAGAUAACAUAAUCAAAUUGUUCCCUCUAAGUGAAUGCAAUAAAUACUUAUUUUAAUUCACAUUUAGUUUCUACAAUUUCAUUUUAUGAAAAAAAGUGUGUUUUCUUCACAAAAGUUUUGUGAAUUUUCUCUUUGCUUGUAAAAAUAGAAUUGAGAUUAAUUUAUUUGUAAUAUAUUUCAUCAAAAAUGUGUAUAUGUGUGCAUUUGUUGAUAUAAAUUGUGAUAAGCAUAAAUUAUUUUUAAUUUGUUUAAAUAUUUGGAUUGCAUCUUGAUGGUGCUUCAUGUGAAUAAAUUAUGGGUGAUA